CCCUGCGCAGUGCGCCAAGCGGUCAUUGAGCAAGUGGGCUCUCGUGAAUUGACAUCAGUAGACGUGUUAUAACGUUUUGUGUGCACCAUGGCCAAGGUCGACAUCAAAUAUACGAAGCUGUUCAUCAACAAUGAGUGGGUGGACUCCGUGAGCAAGAAGACCUUCCCCACCAUCAACCCCCACGAUGAGUCCGUCAUCACCCAGGUGGCUGAGGGAGACAAGGCCGACGUAGAUCUGGCUGUCAAUGCAGCAGUCAAAGCCUUCCACCGGUACUCCGAAUGGCGUACCAUGGACGCCUCCCAAAGGGGUCGCCUGCUCAACAAACUCGCUGACCUCAUGGAGAGGGACAGCAAGUACUUGGGUCAACUAGAGACCUUGGACUGCGGGAAACCCGUCAAGACCGCAACCGGAGAGGCUCUGUGGUCAGCGCAAGUGGUCAGAUACUUCGCUGGCAAGGCCGACAAAAUCCACGGCAAUACUAUCCCUGCUGAUGGACCCGUCAUCUCCAUGACCAUGAAGGAGCCAGUUGGUGUUUGCGGCCAGAUCAUCCCCUGGAACUACCCGAUUCCCAUGUUCGUGUGGAAAAUCGCCCCAGCCUUGGCUGCAGGUUGCACAAUCAUCGUGAAGCCUGCCGAACAGACACCACUGACAGCGCUCGCUAUGGCUGCCCUCGUUAAGGAGGCUGGUUUCCCUCCUGGUGUGGUCAAUGUUGUGCCUGGUUACGGACCAACCGCUGGUGCGGCUUUGACCAGCCACCCCAAAGUGGACAAAGUAGCUUUCACUGGAUCCACUGAGGUCGGCCGCAUCAUCAUGACUGCAGCAUCCCAAGUGAACCUGAAACGUGUAACCUUGGAGCUCGGUGGAAAGAGUCCUCUGGUGAUCUUCAACGAUGCUGACAUCGACAUGGCUGCGGAAAUCGCUCACGACGCUGCGUUCGCCAACGGCGGUCAGUGCUGUGUCGCUGCCACCAGGACUUACGUGCAAUCUGAAAUUUACGACAAGUUCGUCGCCAAAGCUGCUGAGGUCGCCAAGAAAAGGGCCGUCGGCAACCCCUUCGAUGACGUCCACCAGGGACCACAGAUCGACGACGAAAUGUUUGGCAAAGUGAUGAACUACAUCAAAAUCGGAAAAAGCGAAGGAGCUCGUUGCGUAGCCGGUGGUGACAGGAAAGGCAAGAGUGGAUACUACAUCGAACCCACUGUCUUCGCUGAUGUUAAGGACAACAUGAAAAUCGCGAGGGAAGAAAUCUUCGGUCCAGUCCAAAGCAUACUCAAGUUCGAGACCUUCGAGGAAGUGCUGGACCGCGCCAACGACUCCAACUACGGCCUUGGAGCUGGUGUCGUCACCAACGACAUCAACCUCGCCAUGAACUUCGUCAAACACGCCAGAGCUGGCUCUGUAUGGGUCAACAUGUACGACUACGUGACACCACAAACACCAUUCGGCGGCUUCAGAGACUCGGGAAUUGGUCGCGAACUUGGUGAAGAUGGAAUCCAGCAAUACCUAGAGACCAAGACUGUCACGAUAAGCCUGCCAAAAGCCCAAUCAAAGUGAAUGAAGAGCUAACUGCAGUACCCGGACCAAUUUUUUACAAUGUUGAUAAUAUAAUAAAACAUUUAAAUAUAUUUUA